CAACAGUCAAAAUUCUCUGGAAAUUUUACAGAGAGAAAAGGAUAGAAAAUAUCCAGACUUUGCAAGAAUUUCUGAAAUUUUUUCAAAUGUAUGAUGAGCUGAUGUUGGGAGAUAGGAGCUGAAGGAAUGGAUUUUGGGUAGCGUCGUUGCUGCAUUUCUCUCGACAUUUGAUACAGUGUUCGGUCUUGGUUUGGAUUUUCACUUUUUAUCCCAUCAGUCUUGAUAGUGGCUGGACUGCUUGAAGGCUUGUGAACUGGAUAAUGUGGUAGAAGGAAAGAAUCUAGGGUUUUGGUUCUUGGGGACAUUGUCAAUUUUUUGGUACUUUCUGGGGGAGAAGAGUUUGAUCUUCUUGGGCUGCAAUGUCGGUGGCUAGUGUAGCUCUAAGUCCUGUUUAUGAGGAUUAUUGGAACUUCCCCGGCCGUGUCUCUGGUCAGCAUGGCUCCUGGUCAAAUGACUCAAUCUUGAUCUACCUAACUGUUGGUGGGUCAGUAAUUCCGAUGCGGGUUCUGGAAUCAGAUUCAAUUGCUUCGGUCAAACUUAGAAUUCAAAAAUGUAAAGGGUUCUUUGUGAAGAAGCAGAAACUUGUUUUUGAUGGGAAAGAAUUGGCAAGGAACAACUCUCGGGUGCAGGACUAUGGUGUUGCUGAUGGGAAUGUACUACAUCUGGUCUUGCGACUCUCUGAUCUCCAAGCCAUCACUGUUCGGACAGUCUGUGGCAUGGAAUUUGAGUUCCACGUUCAGAGGAAAAGGAAUGUGGGGUAUGUGAAACAGCAGAUUGCAAAGAGGGGGCAUGGCUUUUUCUGUCUCAAGGACCAAGAAUUGUUCUGUGAUGGUGAAGAGCUCGAAGAUCAGAGGAUUAUAGAUGAUUUAUGUAGGAGCAACGAAGCAGUAAUUCAUUUUCUGGUUCGUAAAUCAGCUAAACUCAGGGCCAUACCUGUUGAAAAAGAUUUUGAGGUAUCAAUAUUAGCAUCAGAUGUGGAAGAGAGGGUAGCUAAUGUAGUGAAUGAGGGAGAUUUUGACUGGAGAGAUCAAACUGAGAAACUUCCAAUUGUAGAUGUCAAUCUAUUAGAAAAUGAUUUUCUCCUUGAACCACUGAAAAUUAAUCCUAAGAUUGCAUUGUCACCGGUGAUUAACCAACUUCUUGAUGCCACUUUUAAGGGUCUAGAGAGGGGUUAUCAACCUAUUAGGUCUUCUGAGGGAUCAGGGGGUGCUUAUUUCAUGCAAGAUUCAUAUGGUCACAACUAUGUUUCUGUUUUCAAGCCAAUUGAUGAGGAGCCCAUGGCUGUAAAUAACCCUCGGGGCCUACCCUUGUCCUCUGAUGGCGAAGGGUUGAAGAGGGGCACACGUGUAGGGGAGGGAGCAUUAAGGGAAGUUGCAGCAUAUAUUUUGGAUCAUCCAAGGGGAGGUCCACGCUCUAUCUAUAGUGAUGAGAAAGGCUUUGCGGGGGUUCCACCUACCGUAAUGGUCAAAUGUCAACAUAGAGGAUUCCACUAUGCAGAAGGUUUUAACUGUGUAUCUCGUAAGAUUGGGUCACUUCAGAUGUUCAUGAAGAACUGUGGUAGUUGUGAGGACAUAGGUCCUGGUGCUUUCCCUGUGGAGGAAGUGCACAAGAUAUGUGUACUGGACAUACGGUUGGCAAAUGCAGACAGACAUGCUGGCAACAUUUUGAUCCACAAAGAAGGCGAGGAUGAUCGAAUUGUUCUUAUCCCCAUUGAUCAUGGCUACUGUAUGCCUGAGAAUUUUGAAGAUUGUACGUUUGAGUGGCUCUACUGGCCUCAAGCUCGGGAACCUUUUUCAUUGGACACAAUUGCAUACAUAAACGCCUUGGAUGCCGAGAAAGAUAUUGAACUUCUCAAGUUCCAUGGGUGGAAUGUUCCACACAACUGUGCUCGUGUAUUCCGCAUUUCCACCAUGCUUUUGAAGAAAGGUGCAGAGAGAGGGUUUACUCCCUUUGCAAUUGGAAGCAUCAUGUGCAGGGAAACAGUGAAGAAAGAAUCUGUAAUCGAGAAGAUGGUUCAAGAAGCACAAGAAUCUGUCCUACCUGGAACGAGCGAAUCAGCGUUCCUCGAAUCCAUUUCAAUUAUCAUGGAUCGUUACCUAGACGGUCUUUCCACUUAAGUUCCUAAAAGAAUGUGAAGAUGUGUAGAAAACUGUCUAUAUGAUACUGAUACCUGAUACCUGAUUUGAUCGUUGAUCAACAAUGGUACUCCAUCCCUCUUGAUGGCUUGUGAAUUUAGUUGAUGUGUAGUUUGGUCGGAUCUUGUUAUCGUAUCUGUCCUAACCCCAUGCUUCCUGUGUGGUUGUCCAGCAAACUCCAUGUCUGUGGAAUGGAAGAAGAAUCUCUUUGGUUUGAUGUUAUGUCAAGAGAAUGAACAAUUGUAGGGGGUUUGAUAAAUAUGUGAACUUUAAUGAUCUGCUUGCGAGAGGUACAUGUUCUUGUUGGAAUGUAAGUAACUAUAAUUGGUGGAUAAACUGUUCUCUCAUGAUGAGAUCUGAACUUUACAAAAACCAGUGCUAUUGUUAGCUGUAGCUAUAAUCCAAGGGUGAAACCGUUAUUUCA